UUCCCAAACGCAUCUUAAGGCAUCCAAUGGUUCUAACGAUUAACUUAGCCGUAAGAUGGUUAUGAGAAACCGGGCCGUGAUUAACACUAGAGAGAGACGUGACUAUCGUGGAUCCUCUGGGGAGCCUCAACAACAUCAUGAUGCCAACGAGACAGAGAAGAGUCCCUCCCGAUCAGAACACCUCAAGAAACACCAGAGGAGACCCACAGGGAAGAAAUCUCACUGCUGCUCUGACUGUGGGAAGAGUUACUUAAGAUCAAAUUCACUAAAAGUACACAUGAGAAUUCACACUGGAGAGAAACCUUAUAGCUGUGAUCAAUGUGGGAAGAGUUUUACUACAUCUAGCCAUCUGAUUGUACACCAGAGAACACACACAGGAGAAAAAUCUUAUAGCUGUGGUCAAUGUGGGAAUAGUUUUACUACAUCUAGCUAUCGGAUUGUACACCAGAGAACACACACAGGAGACAAAUCGUAUAGCUGUGAUCAAUGUGGGAAGAGUUUUACUACAUCUAGCCAUCGGAUUGUACACCAGAGAACACACACAGGAGACAAAUCGUAUAGCUGUGAUCAAUGUGGGAAAAGUUUUACUCAGUCAAGCAGCCUGUUAUCACACCAGAGAAAACACACAGGAGAGAAACCUUUUAGCUGUUAUCAAUGUGGGAAAAGUUUUACUCAGUCAAGCAACCUGGUAUCACACCAGAGAACACACACAGGAGAGAAACCUUAUAGUUGUGAACAAUGUGGGAAGAGUUUUACUACAUCCAGCCAUCUGAUUAUACACCAGAGAACACACACAGGAGAGAAACCUUAUAGCUGUGAUCAAUGUGGGAAGAGUUUUACUACAUCUAGCCAUCGGAUUGUACACCAGAGAACACACACAGGAGACAAAUCGUAUAGCUGUGAUCAAUGUGGGAAAAGUUUUACUCAGUCAAGCAGCCUGUUAUCACACCAGAGAAAACACACAGGAGAGAAACCUUUUAGCUGUUAUCAAUGUGGGAAAAGUUUUACUCAGUCAAGCAACCUGGUAUCACACCAGAGAACACACACAGGAGAGAAACCUUAUAGCUGUGAUCAAUGUGGGAAGAGUUUUACUACAUCUAGCCAUCUGAUUGUACACCAGAGGACACACCCAGGAGAGAAACCUCAUAGCUGUGAUCAAUGUGACAAGCGAUACUCUGAUAAAAGAUCUCUGAUCAAACAUCAGAAAAUACAUUAAUGAAGGAGUUGUUUCAUGAUAUCAAUGAAAUAAUGUCACAAUGUAGAAUGUUUUAACAUUGUAGUAGGAGUAUUUUAAUGAUGUCACAAUGUCGAAUGUUUUAACAUUGUAGUAGGAGUAUUUUAAUAAUGUCACAAUGUAGAAUGUUUUCACAUUGUAGUAGGAGUAUUUUAAUGAUGUCACAAUGUAUAAUGUUUUAACAUUGUAGAAGGAGUAUUUUAAUAAUGUCAUAAUGUAGAACACUAAACGUUUGCCCCUUGUUCCAUUGAUUUCAGCAUGAUAUGGAUAUUAACCUCAUCAGGGGAAAAUCCAGGCUAUAUAUAUAUAUAUCCAGUACUAUUUAUGUGAUUUAACAAAAAGUGACUAACAAAAAAAGAGCUGUGUUACACUUACAGCAUUGGUGACCCACUUGAAUCAAAAUGUAGCUAGAUGUUUUCUACAAGUUGUCCUCUAACCAGUGAUGUACACAUUAUUCCCAGAUUCCAUGUGGUUUUUGAGCUGUUAGUUUUAACAUGACAUGCAACCUCAUCUCCCCACUCUCACGCAAAUGAUUUCAACAUGAUAUAGAUGAGUGAUGACAAAUAAAUGUUAAGUUCCUUUGUUUAGGGACCUCUAUGCCGGGCAA